AUGCUGGUGAUCCUUGAUCGAGUUCUCGGUAUCGUGAAUUCUCUAUCGGAGUACUUGCAAUCGUCGAAAAUAGAAUUCACCAGAGCUGCAGAACUCUCGCGAGCAACCAUCGUUUCUCUAAGCUCGAUAAGAUCCAACGAAGCCUUCGAUCUUUUGUGGGAUGAGGCCGAGACCGUCGCUCGGGCAGCGUCCGUGGAUUUGCCGGAAGACGGCGAACCCAAGCCUAAACGACGUAGAAUUUUGUCGAAACACCUUCAGGACUCUGUUGUCAUGAGUUCCGUCGGAUCGAGGGAAGAAUCGUCUGGUUCGGAUUAUGAUGGCCACAGAAUCACUUUCUAUGGCAUCAUAGAUCGAUUUUCUGCUGAAAUCGAGAGGAGGCUGAUCGGAAAGGACAAUAUUCUCGAGCUCCUACAGAGCUCAGACCCCCGCCGUGAUGACUUCCUUGAUGAAAACAACGUCAGGCUCUUCUUUCGGAAGUUCAGUCGCUUCAAUGUGGAUGUAGAGAAAAUAAUCGGACAGCUAGUGGUUGCCAGAGACCUCUUGAAAGGACGGAAGUUUGAGACGACAUUAGAAUGCCUGGAAUUCUUACUUCCGCUCAAAGCCGGCUUCGAUGAGCUCGUCAUGUAUUUCAAGAUGGUUCUCGCUUUCCCUGUGACUAGUGCAUCCUGUGAGCGAAGCUUCAGCGCUCUUCGGAGAAUCAAAUCUUAUCUAAGGAGUUCGAUGGGCGACCAAAGGCUAUCUGCUCUCGCACUGUUGUCGAUCGAGAGAGAUCUGACCGAGUCCCUCCUCGAGAAUCCUGAUCAAAUCGUGGACGGAUUCGCCAUAGGAAAGGAUCGAAGAAUUCCUCUAAUGGCAUGA